UUAAAAUUUAUACGAUGAUUUCUAGAAUUCCCUUAAGACUUGUCCGAUCAUUAAAGCCUCUUAAUAUGACCACAGUUUGUGCUCCAUUUUGUACAUCAAUAGAAAAGGUUAAUAAAGGUAUAUAUUUUAUAUUAUUGGAAUUAAGCUGGUUAAAAAUUGGUGAAAAUAGUUGAAAAAGAACUCAAAUACGAAAAAACUAAUUAUGUUCCUGAUGAAACAGCCUUAGAAUUUGUUUAAAAAGCAGGAUUCUAAUUGAUCGAUUCUGAAGGAGAUCACGAAGUAACUUUGGAAAAAAAAGUUGGUGACAUCAAAAUCAUUGUCCAAUUCUAAUCAAGACAACCAAACUCUGAACAAUAAGAAGAAGAAGAGGCUGAAGAACAUAAAAAUUAGAAAGAGACAGAAGAAGAAGAAGAAAACUAAUCAGCUGAUUAUGCUGACUUCACUGUUUAUCUUUAGAAAAACAAUGGAUAAAUUCUAUGCUAUGAAUGCACAACCUCUUAAGGAGAAGUAAUCUAUUCUAUUAAAUUAUUAGAUAAACGUCAACAUGGUAAGUCUUGUCAAAGAUCUUGAAGCACACAAGAAAAUCCCCAGAUUCGAAAGAGGAUUAUAAGACUAUCAAGGACCAGAAUUUAUGACCUUAGAUGAGGUAUGGAAUAUAUUCAUAUAUUCUAUUAGAAAUUAUAAAUGACUUUGGUCGAAUACUUGAGAGGGUAUGGAAUCAAUGACGAGCUGGGAGCAUUCGUAGAACACUAUUCUUUGGACAAAGAAGAGAGACUAUACAUUUAAUGGUUAGAUCAACUAACAACAUUUUUGAAGAAUUGAGGAAAUGAAAUCAUCAUUUAUUGUAUAUUAAUAGUCAAUAUUUUUG